AUGGACCCGGGAAAUCACUCAGGCGCAGCUCAGUUCCUGCUCCGGGGCCUCUCCGAUGACCCCGCCCUGCAGCCGCUGCUCUUCGGGCUCUUCCUGGCCAUGUACCUGGCGGCCGUGCUGGGGAACCUGCUCCUCAUCCUGGCCGUCGGCGCCGACCCCCGCCUGCAUACCCCCAUGUACUUCUUCCUCUCCAACCUGUCCCUGGCGGACAUCUGCUUCACCUCCACCACCGUCCCCAAGAUGCUGGUGAACCUCCAGACGCAGAGCAAGGCCAUCUCCUACGUGGGGUGCCUUACUCAGGUGUACCUUUUUAUUAUAUUUGCUGGACUGGACACUUUGCUCCUGACCGUGAUGGCCUACGACCGGUUCGUGGCCAUCUGCCACCCCCUGCACUACAUGGUCAUCAUGAGCCCCCGGCUCUGUGGCCUCCUGGUUCUCGUGUGCUGGUUCUUCAUUUUCUGGGAUGCCAUGGUUCACGUUCUUCUGAUUGCACAGCUGACAUUCUAUACAGGCACGGAGAUCCCACAUUUCUUCUGUGAGCUGGAUUAUGUUCUGAAAGUAGCCUGUUCUGACACUUUCAUCAACAAUAUCUAUUUGUAUGUGACGUCUGCCAUACUGGGGUUGGUUCCUGCUGCUGGAAUCCUCUGCUCUUACUCUCAGAUCGUCUCCUCCUUAGUGAAGAUGUCCUCCUCCACCAGCAAGUAUAAAGCCUUCUCCACCUGCGGGUCCCACCUCUGUGUUGUCUCCCUGUUCUACGGGACCGGCCUGGGUGUCUACCUCAGUUCCGCUGUGACCCAGUCUUCAGAGAAAAGUUCGGUUGCCUCAGUGAUGUACACGGUGGUCACCCCCAUGCUGAACCCCUUCAUCUAUAGCAUGAGAAACAAGGAUGUGAAGGGGGCCCUGGGAAAGCUGCUCAGCAGAGCAGCCUCUCGUCCAUUGUGGGUCUCUGGGCUCAGCAGUUAG